AUGACUGGUGCCAUGACUAUUCAAGACGAUCGAAUGGUCCGAAAGUUCUGUCAGACUUAUUACAAAGCCUUCGAUUCUCGUCGAGACAAGCUGAUCUACCUGUUCCAAGCCAUGGAGAACGAAAUGGCAACGUAUCCAGCCUUCACAUUCAAUGGAACUCAUGUUGUUGGCGCCAAUCAAAUUCAAGGGUUCCUGCAUCUUCUGGGGGAUACUGAGCAUGAGUAAGAUCGUUUUAUUUUUUGUUGGAAAUUGACAAAAUUUUGCAAAAGGCUAUUUUCUUAUCACUCUAAACGCAACGUUUCACAUCGCAUUUGUGGCAAUGAUGGGUGUUGCGUGGAGUUACAGGCAUUUCAUGCAUACAAAAAUGUGAUUGUUACCUAAAAAAAUUUUUUUGCGGUUUGAUGGAUAAUCAAGUCUUUGCAGGCUUUUAGAUGGAUUUCAGAAACAAUAUAAGGCGCGUGCGUUCUACUUCUCUUCGGACUUCCUCGCAGAAAACCCGCAUUUCUUGUCUGUGGGCCCGCACAUCGUUCUUUCGUAAUUGGAAAAUGUUUUUUUAACGGGACGGCGCUAUUAUUGAUUGAAAAAAGAGGGAAGAAGCGCCGAAAAUUCUAAUUUACCACAACCUAAUUUACGCAAAAACCAUCGGCACACAUACUCAUUGAAUGAUAUUUUCUGAAAUUUCGAUGGACUAAGCUCCUUUAAGAAUCAACAUGACAUCUGUUAUCAUCUUAGCCUUUCCAUAUUCAUCUAAAACAUCAUGGGUGUUUCUGUUAAACAUUCGGUCAUAUCUCGCAGUUCCAACGAAACUUGGGUAUACCCGAUAUGCCAGUUGAUGCAGAAGAAUCCAGAGAAAAUAUGUGUUCAGUUUCAGAAUUUUCUGUACGCGAUUUUUUUUUCAAUUCCCGGAUUAUGUUGGACUAAGAGGUGGUAUCGCCGAAUAUCAGAUUAAUAAGAUUAUUAGUAUUGUUGACGCUCCUUAAAUAUAUAUUCAUGUAUUUUUUGUUAAAUAUGACGCUAUUUAUGCUGUUACACAUCACUUUAUGCAUGUGGCCACAAGAAAAGGAAAAUUAUAAAAAAUGCACAAUGCCACAUUUUUUUGGCAAAAAAUGUUUUUGUGGUGCAACCGGCAAAAAUUUUUAGCUUCGCAAGCCAAAAAAAAUUUUAAAGCAUUACGCCAAAAGCUUGUUUUUCGUGGCGAUACAAACCAUAAUUAGCAGAAAAAAACGACGUGGCCCGCUAGACAAGAAAUGCGCGUUUCUUGUCUAAAAUUGCGCAACAUUGCGCAAUAUUGCGCAAUUUUCUGCUCUCUCCCCGUGAAGAUUUUUUUCUUUUUUUCUCUGCUCAGCCAAGAAUUGCGCAUUUCUUGUCUAGCGGGCCCACAGACAAGAAAUGCGGGUUUUCUGCGAGGAAGUCCGAAGAGAAGUAGAACGCACGCGCCUUAUAUGCUAUGUUCUUUCCAGAAUGAUUUCAUUAUCCCCACAACAUCUUCAGACCCAACCAGGCAAGUUUUUGAUCUGCGUGACUGGAAAUGUUUCUGUUGUUAACGGGAUGCACCAUUUCUUUUCCGAGAGUAUGGUCACAACGCUGGAAGAUGAUCGGCUUCGGAUUCUGAGUACAAAUUACCGCUUAUUCUAA